UAUAAAGUUGACAUCUCCUAGCCCCUAGAGACACUUUAUCUUAGGGUCGGACUUUCACUCCGGAAGCUCAAGCACCAUGCCAGCCAAGCCUGCCAAGAAGGCAGCAGGGAAGAAGGCCGAGCCGGCCCCUGCUCCAGAGCCUGCACCUGCACCAGCUCCAGCUGAGGCUCCACCAGCUGAGGCUCCACCAGCCGAGGCCGCUCCCGCGGAAGCUGCUCCACCCGCUGAGGCCGCUCCCCCGGCAGAGGCAGCUCCACCGGCCGAAGGUGCUCCUCCUGCGGAGGCGGCUCCCGCCGAAGCUGCUCCUGCUCCAGCCCCUGCUGAGGAAUCAGCUGCUCCUCCAGAAGUGCCCACCAGCGCACCUCUGAACCUGACAGUAGAUGAUGUCAAUGAUACAUCAGUCACAAUCAAAUGGAGGCCUCCAGAGACCAUUGGCUCCUCUGGCUUGGAUGGAUACACGGUGGAAUAUUGCAAAGACCAAACAACCGACUGGGUGGUUGCAAACGCGGAGCUCACGCAAGCCAACCGCUACGCGAUCAAGAACCUAACCACUGGGGACCUCCUGCACAUCCGUGUGGUUGCAGUCAACCCAGGCGGCCGAAGCCCCCCUGCCACGCUCCCUGAGCCUGUCAAUGUGCGCGAGGUUGUAGAUCGUCCCAAGAUCCAUCUGCCCCGUGUCCUUAGAACGAGGUUCGUUAAGAAGGUCGGCGAAAAGGUCAACCUUGUCAUCCCCUUCUCUGGCAAACCCAAACCUGUGGUGACCUGGACCAAGGACGGCCAGCCUUUGGACGCAAAGAAGGUCAACAUCCGCAACAGUGACAAGGACAGCAUCCUGUUCAUUCGGCAAGCAGAGAGAGACCUCUCGGGCAAGUACGAAAUGUGCGUGAAGGUCGACGCCUUCGAAGACAGAGCAACGAUCAUUCUUCAGAUUGUCGAGCUUCCUGGUCCUCCUGCCAGUAUCAAGCUGGUGGACACCUGGGGCUUCAACGUUGCCCUGGAGUGGACUCCGCCCAAAGACAAUGGCAACACGGAAAUCACAGGAUACACUGUCCAGAAGGCUGACAAAAAGACUGGGGACUGGUUCACAGUACUGGAGCACUACCACAGGCUGAAUGCCACCAUCUCUGACCUGAUCAUGGGCAACACUUACACAUUCAGGGUCUUUUCUGAGAACAAGGUCGGUUUGAGUGAGGAGGCAGCUGUCACGAAGGCAACAGCACACAUUCAGAAGAUUGGUAUUGAAUACAAACCCCCAGAGUACAAGGAGCACGACUUUAGUGAGGCCCCGAAGUUCACUACGCCCCUGAGUGACCGGGCAGCCACUGUGGGCUACACCACCAAACUGCUGUGCGCCGUGAGAGGAACUCCUAAGCCCAAGAUUGAGUGGAUGAAGAACCAAAUGAUCAUCGCUGAGGACCCGAAGUUCAGGAUGAUCAACCACCAGGGGAUCUGCUCUCUGGAGAUCCGCAAACCCUCCAGCUUCGACGGCGGUGUCUACACCUGCAGGGCCAAGAACGCCCUUGGAGAGGCCAGUGUGGCCUGCAAGCUGGAGGUCAAACAGGUCAUCAAUCCAGAGGCAAAGUAACACAACCACAGCCACACAUAUAUAGCCCAGAGGGAUUGUGGAGGUGGUUGAAAGCUGAUGCUGAAAGGAAUCAUGUGUAUAUAAAUGGAGACAACAUUUCAAGAUUGGAUUUUCCCCUGUACUCACUGCAUUCAUCUAACCUAUAAAGUUUUAUUUUUGUCUCUCUGGUUUAGCAAGACCACUGUAGAUAAAAUGGCUAACUAUGCCAAGUCAAGUUGUAACAACUGCUGAUGUGCCUGACCUAUUCCCGUACUGUUUCUUGACUUUGUCCUAUAUUGCAACUCUGAACAGGUCUGUACCCAAUAAAUUAAUUGAACCAACAGGAAAUUGUCCUGUAAUGACUGUAUGAAAGAAGUAUUCUUGAAUGUGUAUUGCAAUAAAUAUUACUGUUUUAAUCCAA